CACGCGGUUGCUUUACACGCCCCUCUAUACGCGCCGUGACGCACUUCCUGUUUACACGCGCUGGCGUGGCUGGCGGCAGCAUGGCAGUGAGUCAGGCAGAGGAUCCAGCGCGCGGAGACUCUCUAAUCACAGCACUGAGACGGUAUGGUGACGUGUGAUGGAGUUGAGAGCUGGAGCAUUAAGAAGGUGGCGCUCUGGCUCAGGGAGCAAGGCUUCAGCGAAUACGUGGAGCUUCUAUGCGUUAAGCACCGCGUGGAUGGAGCCGCUUUGUUGUGUUUAACAGAACAUGACCUGCGAUCGCCGCCGCUGCAGCUCUCGCGCCUCGGAGACAUCAAGAGGCUCGCACUCGCCCUGCGACGGCUUCAAAGGCGGCACACACGCUCACGCGCGUCGCUCAGUGACUCCGGGACAGGCAGUUUGUUUCUCUUACAUACCUCAGGAUCAAAACGCUGCUCGUGGAACGACAGCACGGACCAAAACGUCUCACAGAGUAAUGGUAUCAGUAUGGCGGUGUCGGGGGGGCAUCGCCACGGUUACUCAAACGGGAAGUGUAAGAAGGACGACGACUGUCUGGAUCCUGAGGGAUGGAAGACAGCAGUGAGCUCUGUCUAUGUGAUGCUGGUGUUUGGCAUCACCUCCUUUGUCAUGGUCCUGGUGCACGAGAGGGUGCCUGACAUGCGCACAUACCCACCUCUGCCCGAUAUAUUCCUCGACAGUGUUCCUAGAAUUCCCUGGGCUUUUGCUAUGGCUGAAGCCUGUGCUCUUAUCCUGUGUUACAUAUUACUCCUAAUACUGCUGCUGCACAAAUACAGAUCUAUUCUCUUUCGCAGAUUCUGUAGUUUAACAGGAACUGUGUUCCUGCUUCGCUGUGUCACUAUGUUCGUCACCUCCCUGUCUGUCCCAGGACAUCAUCUGCAGUGCUCAGGAAAGAUGUAUGGUGAUAUCUGGUCGAAGCUCUUGCGAUCAUUAGAGAUUUGGAGUGGCUUUGGCAUGUCCCUGACCGGGGUACACACAUGUGGGGAUUACAUGUUCAGUGGACACACAGUGAUUCUCACCAUGCUAAACUUCUUUGUCACAGAGUACACUCCACGUAACUGGCACAUUUUGCACACUUUGGCAUGGGUGCUGAACUUGUUUGGGAUCUUCUUCAUCCUGGCUGCUCACGAGCACUACUCCAUCGAUGUUUUCAUCGCCUUCUACAUCACCACCCGGUUGUUCCUGUACUACCACACUCUGGCCAACACACGGGCGUAUCAGCACAGUCGCCGAGCUCGCAUCUGGUUUCCAAUGUUCUCCUUCUUUGAGUGCAAUAUCAACGGCCCCAUCCCCAACGAGUACUGCUGGCCCUUCUCCAGGCCCGCCUUCAUAAAAACAGUUAUUGGCUAAAAAAAACGUGUUUGUCACAGCUAGGCUGUCUUGACUUAUUGUCCAACAGAUUUAUACUGUUGAGGAGAAUAAUAUAUUUAUUUUAUUCAUUAAUUCUUUGGGAUGAAUGGCAGCAUUUGGUAUUUUCCUGUUAGCUAAAGCGAAUCUUUUGUGUUUUGGAUUCGGACAUUAAUCUCGUACUAGUCAGUACCAACGGAGUGCAUGACUACUCUGGAGAACCAAAGUCCAGAGUUCUCUCUUAUCUCAUUUAGUCAUAAAUAUUUACAGGAAAUUGAACAGCUGGCUUAAGAUAUAGCACCACACAUUAGAGAGCUGACACUGAUGCUCACAGUAGUUGCGUAAGAUGUGUUCUGUGCUGCACAGUAUCCUUUUUUUAUGUAAACCUUUUGUAGUGUAAAAUGAUCUUGAUUUAAAAAAUAUUCUGUAACGAAGGUCUGUUGUUUACAGUGAUGAUAUGACAGGUUUAAAACUUUUUUAGCUUUUGUAUUCAGAAUUCAGUCUAGAGUUAAACUGGUAGCAUCGAUACAUAGCAUUAAUACGUUUUCUAACAAAUAGCAAAAAAUUACAGAUGCAACCAGUACUAAUAUUUAUUUAGUAUAAACCAGGUGAGUCUCCACAUGCUUUCUUUUAUCUUUUUAAUUUUUUUUUGGAAACAAGCGAACCUGGUGCGCACAUUAUCUUAAUAUCUAUAAACCAACUCCUAGCUCUGUUUGUUUCAUCGCACUGUAUUUAAACUAGACUGCUAAAAAGUCUGUUUCUUGUAUUAAAUGAAAAUGGCUCUACAGUAUAUGCAUUAAGAGGUUUACAAAAGAAACAGAUUUUAAAUGAUCAUGGGCAGUACUUUGUAACAAAAAUCAUGAAUUUUUAUACCAUGUAAUACGUUUUUUUUUCUUCAAUAUUUUGUUCUGAAAAUGUUCUGGCAAUUCAUGGAGAAAUAUGCAUUAGUUUAAUGGAAGAUCAUUAUACAAUAAUUUGUGCAAUUCACUGUUUCAGAAAAUUCACACUGGUGCCAUCUUCUGCAUCAUAAAUACUUCAGCCUCUCUGGUCACUGAGUAUUCCCCCUAAUUGUCAAUACCGCUUUAUCCUGUAAACAGGAUCGUGCCUGGCCUGGGGCCUAUCCUGCAAACUUCAUGCACACAGACCCAAGGCAGGAACCAAAACCAGAAUCUGGAGGUGCAAGGUGACAGUGCCAAUCACUAAGCCAAGUUUUGUCCAUACCUACAUUAUUCCUAACAUUACACACA